CGAGACUCCGCGCUCCGGCGCUGGGAGGCUCCGGGUGGGUUCAGGAUGGUGAUUGCAUCGCUCGGUGAUGCAAUGGCAGCGGGGAGACCACAGAGCAGCUGCCAAGCGGCUGCGUCGGACAACGGGGUCGCCGAGCCGAGCCGGGGAGGGUGACAAUCCCACAGAGGGACAGACACGGCCGUGGGAGCCCCCACGGGGACAGGAUGGGUGCUGGGAGGGGAGCAGAUCCAUGAAGAUCCUCGGAGUUGGGGCUCAGGGCACGGAGUGAAGCUGCCCCAGAGCGGGAUUGCGGCCGGGAGAGCCUCGCCAGGGCCGGGCAGUGCCGUGGGCUCCUGCAGGACCUGGAUGCUGUAGGAUGAUGCCUUGUGCAGCCUCUGGCCGGGUGUUGUUGGUGCUGGUGACGCUGUCCCUGAGCUCUGCAGCCGAGGAGUUGCUGUGUGCCUGCGAUGUGCCCCACUGCAGCCAGCCCAACUGCACGGGCAAGGUGUGCUUUGUCAGCAAGAGGAAGGAGGAGGGCACCAUCACCCAGCACCGGGGCUGCUUCUCCCAGCACAUCCUGGAGCAGUGCAACACGCCCCUGACGGAGCAGUACGGCAUGAGGUGCUGCAACUCCCACAUGUGCAACGCCGAGCUGGAUAUUUUCCUGAAAGGAGAAGAUGCUCUGGUAAAGACACCUUCCCUACCCAACCUCCUGCUGAUGAUCUUCGUCCCACUGCUCUCCCUCCUCGUCCUCGUGGCGCUCACAGCCCUGUUCUGCUGGAAGCUGGCCCAGCACCGCCACAAGCACAGCGACUUCGGGGACACAGACCUCAUGCUGAAGGCAUCCAUGAUGGGAGACAGCACCUUAGAGGACCUGCUGAACGAUGACUGCACCACAGGCAGUGGCUCUGGGCUGCCUUUCCUUGUCCAGAGGACGGUGGCUCGGCAGAUCACCCUGAUGGAAUGUGUGGGUAAGGGACGCUAUGGUGAGGUGUGGCGAGGCGUGUGGCACGGGGAGAGCGUGGCUGUGAAGAUUUUCUCCUCCCGGGACGAGCAGUCGUGGUUCCGUGAGACAGAGAUCUACAACACCGUCCUCCUCCGGCAUGACAACAUCCUGGGUGAGCAGGGGGGGCCGGGAGGGCUGGAGAAAUGGGGGCAGCCAUGUGGGGGGUCCUUGAUUCACGGUGUUUGUCCCUGUCCAGGUUUUAUUGCUUCGGAUAUGACGUCCAGGAACUCCAGCACGCAGCUGUGGCUCAUCACCCACUACCAUGAGAAUGGUUCUCUCUAUGACUAUCUGCAGAGGACAGCCCUGGAUGUGGAGACCUGCCUGGGCUUGGCCUCCUCCAUCAUCUGUGGCCUCGUCCACCUCCACGUGGAGAUUUUUGGCACACAAGGCAAACCUGCCAUCGCCCACCGUGACCUGAAAAGCAGGAACAUCCUGGUGAAGAGCAACAGGCAGUGCUGCAUUGCAGACCUGGGGCUGGCAGUCAUGCACUCCCAGGGCAGCGACUACCUGGACAUUGGCAACAACCCCCGGGUGGGCACCAAGCGCUACAUGGCCCCGGAGGUGCUGAGCGAGCAGAUCCGCACCGACUGCUUCGAGUCCUACAAGAAAACGGAUAUCUGGGCGUACGGGCUGGUGCUCUGGGAGAUCACCCGGCGGACGGUGGUGAAUGGUAUCGUGGAGGAAUAUCGGCCGCCCUUCUUCGACGCCGUGCCCAGCGACCCCAGCUUCGAGGACAUGAAGAAGGUGGUGUGCGUGGACCAGCAGACCCCCGUGAUCCCAAACCGCCUCUUCUCCGACUCGGUUCUGUCGGCACUGGCCAGGAUCAUGAAGGAGUGCUGGUACCAGAGCCCCUCGGCCCGUCUCACCGCCCUGCGCAUUAAAAAGACCUUGAAGAAGCUGAACAAUUCCGUAGAGAAGCCAAAACCGGAGCAGUGAGCGCCGGGAACCGGACACCGGAGCCACUGACGGGGCAGCACCGGGGACGGCUCCGGUCACAGAGGGGAUUUACUCACAGCUCCGGCCUCUCUCACCCCUCCUUCGAGCCGGUUCAAUUUGCAAGCACGGAAAAAAUAGGAAAAAAAAAAAAAACCAACC